GGCGUGCAAACCUGCAAGUCCCAUUGAUCACGUGCAUGUGCUCGCUUGAGUAACUCGCUUAGGAUGUCUAGCAGCCGCGCUGGUAGUGGAGUUGAGUGAUUCGCAAAGUUAAGACAUGAUUAAGAAGGUGAAUAGUUGAUCCAAGAAGAGAAGUACGGCACACUACACCAAUCCUGGUUUAUAGUACACCGUAGCCGAGGGGCGCUCUCCAACACCUCUCAUGAACUUCUACUUUAACAACACUUGUAUUAUUUCAAAGCACGUAUGUACAAAGAGCGUCAAGCCUCCCACCUGAUAGGUCAUGUCAUAUAGCAGCUUUUGCUACCUUGCUCUCAACCACCAUGCUCACGAGAUCCGUGUUCUCACUCUUUGGCCAGGCUGUCCAGACGAUCCGCUCCAAUGUGAUCUUUCAACUGCGAGGCUCACCACCAGGCCCGUCUUUAAUGCGCUUUCUUAUGUCUGGGGUGAUCCUGUAAACCCAAACGAUCCCGACACUGUCAUAACUCUCGACGGCUGCAAUUUUCCGGUAACGGCGAGCCUAUUUUCCGCUCUACGGCACCUCCGUCCCCCGGUCGGAGGCCAUCCAUUGCGUCUCUGGGUAGAUGCCGUGUGCAUCAACCAAGCAGACCUAGAAGAGCGGAGUCAGCAAGUUGCUAUGAUGCGGGAUAUAUAUGCAUCUGCUGAACGAGUGGUCAUAUGGCUUGGAGAUGAAGAUGACGAUAGCAACGCUGUUUUUGAUGCUCUAGGAGACAUCGUUGCACCAAGCAGCCAUCAAUAUGACGAGGAGCAAGCAGGGCACAGACAGAUGUUGAUGCGGCAAUGUAGCGGUGCCUUCUACAGCCUCGCAGAUCGUCGUCCGUGGUUCUCGCGCGUGUGGAUUCUUCAAGAGCUGGCGAUGGCGAAGCAAGAUCCGUUGGUGGCGUGCGGGUGGAAGUCUGUGGCUUGGUCGGUCUUUAUCGAUGCUUGUAAGAUCAUUGCCAGAGCUUUGUUCACCGAGAUAGGUAUGGUCAGGCAAAAGGUGCAAGAUGGGGGUUAUAAGAGACUGGAUGGUACUAUGCCUGAUACUGAUGCGAACGAUGUAAGUGACGAUAAUACUGUCAAAGUUCUCGCCAAGUUGAAGAUCGAUGUCCUGGAAGACCUCCACGACGCCGUGCGGACUCGGAACGGGGAAAGUUUGUGGAAACUACUCAUAAUUUCGAGGACCUCAGAGUCUACCGAUCCAAGAGAUAGAGUCUACGGCCUUCUUGGCCUUCUAGAGCCCGACGCAUUAGACCCGCAGAACAGCUUCGUCAUCCCGAUUGACUACCGGAAACCAACCGCCGCCGUCUACGCGGAUGCCGUGUCCCACAUCUUCUCUAGAGGAGAAGGUCCAUACUUCCUCUCAGGUGCAUUCCUCCCAGGUACUUCUGCGGCUGCUCCUCAUAUCAACUCCCUUCCAUCAACAAUAGCGCAGCCUAGCCUCCCAACUUGGGUUCCUGAUCUCUCGCGUCAAGUGGCUGGAAAAGCGACACAGCCUUCCGGCAUACAAUUCCAUCCACCAGCGGGUAUCAGCGUCUCAGGAGUCGGUACAGAUUGUAACAAUGGAAGAGUGUUAGAGGACGGUAGAACGCUCCAGGUCGAGGGACUCCUCGUUGACACGAUCGAGCGGGUAAUUCCACUUGGGACUUCUUUCGAUUCGUUGGUCGAGAAGCUUCCAGAUAUAGAGUCGCGAGCGGCUGAAGCCAGAGAGCGACCUUUUCAUUUUGGACCCUCUACCGCUGCUCUUAUAGAGCAGUUCAAAAGAAAGGAGCCGCUCUGGCGAACCCUGAUCUCGAAUAAGCGGUUCAUGUCUGGAUACGAUGCUGCGCCUUCAACUUACGAAGAAGCUUAUCUAAAUCUCUUGAAUCAGCGAGUAUCACCACUUGGCGCCGACCGCAGCGAGGACGACGCUCAGGGUAACGAGUAUGAACUAUGCUUAGAGCGGUGUAUUAAUAAUCGGACAUUCUUUCUAACGAAGGGCGGAUUCUUUGGCAUAUGUGUCCCGGAUAGCCGCGAAGGUGACAUUGUUUCCAUUAUAUUUGGGUCACCAGUACCGUUCAUACUUCGCCCAGCAGAGAGCGCUGUAUCAGUAUCUAGUUGCGAACGGGAUUAUCACUUCUUAGUUGGUGCAUCCUACGUUAGUGGCAUCAUGAGUGGCGAGUUAGUGGAUGAAUUAUACUGCGAAGAUUUGAUGGAUUCGACCACUUUCUUUAUCCAGUAGGAAGAUUUUUAUACGAUUAUAUCACAAGAACAAUCUUUUAUAACAGGCUUAGAAGAUUAGGAUAUUGAUUGUCUGUUCCUAUCGAAACCGCAAGGGAAUAUUUUGGAACCUUGAGGGGCUUCAUUCCAGGAGUUGAAUAUGGCUAAUCAGGUUGGGCAACACAUUCUUCCGUGUUGUGGAAUUUGAAAUCUACUAUUGCGCUUUCUGAUUUCGCGUCGGCUUUCCUUGUCUUCAUCUUAAAAUGAUCGUGUAUCCUGUGGCUACAGGCCAUCCAAACCUAAGUGGCGCCUUUUCCGUCUUUUC